UUGAUAAAUAGUGCUCCUAAAGUAAACAAAUGAAUCGCCUCAACAAUAUAGACUUAUCCAUAAUCACAAUGUUUUGUUUCGGAGAAUAUGCUUGACAAUACAAUGGAAGUACACAACAUCUCUGUUUUUCUUUGGCAUUAGUUUUGUUUAAUUUGAAUUUAUUUAAUUUCCUUUCUUUGCUGUGUUCCUGUUCUUUCGUGAAAACAUUUAAAGUUUCAUAAAAAACCGUUUAAAGUUGCAUUAGCCGCCGCCUCCUCCUCCUUCUAUAUCCAUAUAGCAACAUGUCGUCGCCAAGGACAACGGUAAACAAUUGCCGGGAGCCGUUAGCGACAAUGUCAAAAGGGUGCGUUUGAGUGAAUUGUUGAGUGCUCCUGUAAAACCUCAAAAAAAUGGCUGAAAAUACUCACAUUGGUAACGUGGGAAGCACUAAUGAGGACUUGAGGAAGAAAAAAUUUGGCCGUCGAGGCAGAUUUUCGAGUAAGAACAACCACACUGAGCAGACCUUGCGGGAGAUGUCCCAACCUCAAACUUGUGAGGAUAAUCUACUUGAGCGCGAGCAGAGAAGGCCGUUUAAUAGGCCCUAUGGCGAGAAGUGCGAAUAUGCAAUUUCGCAAUUGUCCUUUGCGCCCACUAAUGAGCUUCCCUGUCUGGACCUGAAGGAGAAAAAGUUCUCCGGCCGAAACCGGCUUUAUAUUGGAAACAUUGGGACUGGAAUCACCAGUGAGGACCUGGAGGCUCUAUUCAAGCCCUACGGAGAGGUAUCCGAGAUUUUCGUCCACAAGGAUAAAUGCUUUGGCUUUAUCAAGUUGGACUAUUACGCUAACGCUGUGAAGGCCAGAAAGGAGCUGGAUGGGGUUCUGUUGAAGUCCAGAAACCUCAAGCUGAAACUAUCACCGAGUUGCGCUAUAGUGAAGGUGCGGAAUUUGAGCCCUUUUGUCACUAGCGAGCUCCUGCUCCAUGCGUUUUCUCCUUUCGGGGAAGUCGAACACGCGACUGUCUUGGUAGACGAAAGAGGCAAGUCGACUGGAGAGGGCUUCAUAGACUUUGUCAGGAAGAAUAGCGCCGUUCAAGCGAUCCAAAAGUGUCGAGACAAGUGCUACUUUCUGAGCUACGCCUUAAGGCCAGUGAUAGUUGAGCCGUAUGAUCUUGUCGAUCAAACUGUAGGAUUAUCGGACAAGCAUUUUAACAGAAGGAAUAAUGAUUUUUAUCAGGACCGUUCGAUUGGUCCGCGUUUGGCCGAAUUAGGAUCGUUUGAAGAUGAGUACGCCAGCCGCUGGAAGAGUCUCUUCGAUUUGUACGGACAGAAGGAGGAGGCGAUUCGUUUAGAGUUCAAAAUGGAACGCGAUAAACUGGAGGCGCAGAUGGAGUAUGCGCGUUUUGAGCAGGAAACUGAAACGCUGCGCGAACAGUUGCGUGCCCGUGAAUUGGACAAAGAGCGCCAGAAGAAGGAGUGGGAAGCUAAGGAGAGAUUUGCAGAGGAGGAAAAAGUUAGAGCUAAAGCGCAGAUCCGCCAAACUGAGGAGGGUCUUCAGGCCAAAUUGAUGCGACAGCAAAAGGACAUGGAGCUGCGCCAGGAGGAAGCCAGUCUUCUCAUGCAGGCUCAGAAUCUCAACUCAAUCUUGGACACUCAGGAGCAUUUGGAGUACGAUGCGCCCACAUCAUCAACUAGAGAGAUGCCUGUGAAGUACGGGUCGUUCAACUCCUCGCUUUCCCAUGCUGGAAGCGAUGGUUUCAACCAGGUUUGGAAAAGACCUGCCAUUGAAGGGCGCUGGAUUCGGGAGGAUCUUGAAAACAGGGGCUUUCCGUCCAAGAGAAGGCGCUUUUAAGCGGCGCGCUUAUGACUGGUUUAUUUUACUUUAAAUUUGUUCUAAAUUAGAAUUAGUAGUUUACGUGUAAUUAUUGGCCUAAAUAAAGUACAGUUUUAAUAAAAUAACUACUAAAAA